CUAUGCUCGCUAAAUUCACAAAACCAGAAACGUGUUCCAACAAAAACAUAAACUUUCGGAAUUUGCAUCCAUUCAAAUUCCAUGGCAAGCAUGAAUGUAGUUCCUACUUCUGAAGCUGCAACUGCACCAAGAUUGGGAUGUAAACUAGCGUGUUUUGCCAGUGGGACCGAACGCCAUAGAUCGCGUUCGGUCAGAUUUCAUAUCAAAAGCGGGGACCAGGAUGUUCUAAGUAGUAGGAAGUCAUAUAUAAGAAAUCAUGUGAAUAACCCUGGACCAAUUUCAAAUUCAACCGGAAAAGAUCUAGAUUUAGAAUCUGGGACUACACCAAGAUUGGCAGGUAAGGUAGCAAUUAUAACAGGCGCGGCUCAAGGAAUAGGCGCGUCAACUGCAAAACUAUUCGCUAAACAUGGGGCGAAAGUUAUUAUUGCCGAUAUCCAAGAUGAUUUGGGUCAAUCUGUUUGUGAAGAAAUAGGCCUUGAAAAUGCAUCUUAUGUCCACUGUGAUGUAACUGUUGAGGCUGAUGUAGAAAAUGUUGUAAACUUUGCCACAACAAAGUAUGGUAAACUAGAUAUUAUGAUCAACAAUGCCGCUAUUCUAGGUCAAGCGAAACUCAGCAUUCUUGACAACGACAAAGCUGAUUUUGAUCGUGUUGUAAACGUGAAUCUAGCAGGCGUGUUCCUUGGAAUGAAGCACGCUGCUCGUGCCAUGAUUCCAGCCGCUUGUGGUAGCAUUAUCUCGAUUGGGAGUGUGUCUUCUGCUAUCGGCGGUGUUUCCCCACACGCGUAUACGAGUACCAAACAUGCAAUUUUUGGACUCACCAAGAAUGUGGCCGCAGAGCUUGGCAAACAUGGAAUUCGUGUCAAUUGUGUAUCACCAUAUCUUAUCCCACCGUCGGUCCCAGAAGAGAUAACUGGCUUAUAUCCAGAUAUAUUUGCAAACAUAUAUUCAAACAUCAAGGGAGUAGCUCUCAAGGAAGAAGAUGUAGCACAAGCCAUUCUAUUCUUUGGAAGUGAUGAGUCCAAGUAUAUAAGUGGCCAUAACUUAGCAGUUGAUGGGGGGUUUACCACAAUAAAUCCUGGGUUUGGCUUGUUUGCACCAGCUAAAUCAUCUUAAUAAUUUGCUUAUGAUAACUCCCUUUGGAUUUCUUUUAAUGUAUUAAUGGCACCAAGACAAAUUUUUAUGAAUAAAGUCAUAUUUUUGUUAUCAAA